GAGGGGACCCGGAAGUGGUGAGCGCCGUCACUAAGGAGUGCUGGAACCCGCUGUUUGCGUGGAGGCGAUGGCGGCAGCUGCGCCGGCGGUCUCGGGCGAGGAUGGCCGGCGACGGCAGCCGGGGGCCGCUCUGAACCCCCAGCCCCAGGAGGGGGCGAAGGUUGAGGCCGAGUCAGAGGAGCUUGGCCGGCUUCGGGCUGAGCUGGCAGGCGCCCUGGCGGAAAUGGAGACCAUGAAGGCUGUGGCGGAGGUGAGCGAGAGCACGAAGGCCGAGGCUGUGGCUGCAGUGCAGCGGCAAUGCCAAGAGGAGGUGGCUUCUCUGCAGGCCAUCCUGAAAGACUCCAUCAGCAGCUAUGAAGCCCAGAUCACUUCUCUGAAGCAGGAGCGGCAGCAGCAGCAGCAGGAAUGUGAGGAGAAGGAGCGGGAGCUGGGGCGCCUGAAGCAGCUGCUGUCCCGGGCUCACCCCCUGGACUCCUUGGAGAAGCAGAUGGAAAAGGCCCAUGAGGACUCGGAGAAGCUUCGGGAGAUCGUGCUGCCCAUGGAGCAGGAGAUUGAGGAGCUGAAGGCGAAACUGCUCAGGGCAGAGGAGCUGAUUCAAGAGAUCCAGAGACGGCCCCGGCACCCCCCUUCCUUACACGGCUCCACGGAGUUGCUGCCCUUGUCCCGGGACCCGUCGCCCCCGCUGGAGCCUCUCGAGGAGCUGAGUGGAGACGGGGGCGCGGCGGCCGAAGCCUUCGCCCACAACUGUGACGACAGUGCCUCCAUCUCUUCCUUCUCCCUCGGCGGCGGGGCCGGCAGCUCGUCCCUGCCCCGCAGCCGCCAGGGCCUGAGCCCCGAGCAGGAAGAGACAGCCUCCCUGGUGUCCACGGGCACCCUGGUCCCCGAGGGCAUCUACCUGCCCCCUCCUGGCUACCAGCUCGUCCCGGAAAACCAGUGGGAGCAGCUGCAAACAGAGGGGCGGCAGCUGCAGAAGGACCUGGAGAGCAUGAGCCGCGAGCGGGACGAGCUACAGGAGGGUCUGAGGCGGAGCAAUGAGGACUGCGCCAAGCAGAUGCAAGUGCUCCUGGCCCAGGUCCAGAACUCAGAGCAGCUGCUGCGGACCCUGCAGGGCACCGUGAGCCAAGCCCAGGAGCGGGUUCAGCUCCAGAUGGCAGAGCUGGCUACGUCACACAGAUGCCUGAGCCACGAGGUAAAGCGGCUGACUGAGGAAAACCAAGGACUCCGGGCCGAGCAGCCACCGACUUCAGCCCUCUGGGUCCUAGAGCAGGAUGACGGUCAAGAGGAGUCGCUGCCCAGCUUGGUGCCGGAGCUGCAGCAGCUGGUGCGUCGCACGCAGCAGGAGGCGCGGGCCCAGCAGCAGGCCCGGGAGCAUGAGGCUGAGCGCCUCCGGAUUGAGAUCGUGACGCUCCGGGAGGCGCUGGAGGAGGAGACUGCGGCCAGGGCCAGCCUGGAGGGGCAGCUGAGGGUGCAGCGGGAGGAGACAGAGGUGUUAGAAGCCUCCCUGUGCAGCCUGAGGACGGAGAUGGAGCGGAUCCAGCAGGAACAGAGCAAGGCCCAGCUCACAGACCUCCUCUCAGAACAGAGGGCCAAGGUGCUUCGGCUGCAGGCCGAGCUGGAGACCAGUGAACAGGUGCAGAGGGAUUUUGUGCGGCUGUCCCAGGCCCUGCAGGUGCGUCUAGAACAGAUCCGCCAGGCGGGAAGUCUGGAGCAGGUGCGCAGCAUCAUGGAUGAGGCGCCCCUCAGGGACAUUAGGGACAUCAAGGACACCUGAGGGGCUAGACAUCACCCAGCCUGGGGGAGACCGCCUCUCUCCCUACUCCUGAACCAAGAGGCCUAGGCUCUGGGUGUCUCGGGAUAGUGUCUUCAUCCCCUCCAAGCCUGGGGUCGAGGUGUGAUGGGGCCACCACUUCUCUGUCUCUCCCGCACCUCCUCCUGGUGGGGGGAGGCUGGCCUCCUGCUCCCAAGGGUGACACCUGGGUGGGAGUCCCAGCCCCCUCUGGGAACCAAAGGUUCGGGUUUGGCCCUGCGGCUUUCUAGCUGCCAUGCUGCCUCCUGGGUCCUGGCCCUCCUGCCGCUGUCCCCCCGCCGCCUGAGCCAGACUAACAGCCGUGCCUGUUACAGUGCCGUCCCUUCCCUGAUGCGCAGCCGCGCUGGGAGCGGGGGCUGGGGGCCUCUAUCCACGCCCCCCGGGACAGGCAGCUGCUCUCUGGACCGCAUGACACUAAGAUGCUCGUCCCCAGGGGCCCAGCCCAGGCCCUGAGAUGUGCACAGAGGCAAGGCCAGACUUUUCUGUCAUUUAUUUUCAAUAAAUAAGCAGCUCAGCUCA